UUUAACAAAUAUAAAUGGCUAAAGGACUUAGGUCAAAAGUUAGGAGAAGACUCAGAGGUGUCAGAAGAGCACACUUUAUGAAGGUCCAAGGCAUGAAGGAUCUCCAGAGAUUGAACGACAAGCUUACUGAUAAGGACCAUAGCAUUAUGAAAGAUUGUGCUCUAAAGCCAAACGCUUUCUUAGAACCAGACAACCCAGAUAGUGUUUUCCCUCAAAGGAAGCCUGAGAACAACAUCGACUUUAGGUCAUCAGCAAUGUCAGGAGGAGGAACUGCCAUCAGGUUCACUACCAGAACUGAAAUCCCAGGAAGCACAAAGAAGGGAUCUAAAUAUAAGACUAAGGUCAGGACCAUCGAGCAAAUUGAGAAUGAUGAGAUAGAGGCCAAAGAGAAAGAAAUCAAGCAGCAAUUAGAAGAAACUAAUAACCUCAUGGAGAACAUUGCUCUUGAAGAGGAGCCCAUUGAUAUUGGAAUGGAGGUAGAUAAAAACUCUCUGAUGACUGCUAAGCUUCAAGAUUCAAAGAGUGUCAGGAAGAGCAAGAAUAGGAAGAGAGGAAACAGAAGAACCCUUGUCUAUUAA